AUGCCAUCAUUUAACGUGCAAAGAUACGGAGCUAGAGGUGAUGGGAGAACAGACUCGACCAAACCAUUUUUGACGGCUUGGUCAUUAGCCUGUAAAUCACGGGUUCAAGCCAUGGUUUACAUUCCCCGUGGAACAUACUUGGUUACAAAUCUAGUCUUUUGGGGUCCUUGCAAGAACAGAAUCACGUUCAAAAUCGAUGGAACACUGGUGGCUCCGGCAAAUUACUGGAGUAUAGGGAACUCCGGUUAUUGGAUUCUCUUCGCUAAAGUAAACCGGAUCUCGGUUCAAGGUGGAACCAUUGAUGCUAGAGGAGCUAGUUAUUGGUCUUGUAGAAGGAAAGGUGGAAAUUGUCCUCAAGGUGCAAGGUCUAUAUCGUUUAGCUGGUGCACCAAUGUUCUACUAAGUGGCCUAACGUCGUUUAAUAGUCAGAACAUGCACGUCACGGUUCAUCAUUCUUCCAAUGUUCGGAUUCAAAACAUAAGAAUUAGGGCUCCAAGUGGAAGUCCUAACACCGACGGUAUCCAUAUCCAGUCUUCUUCUGGAGUCACCAUUAGUGGUGGAACCAUUGCUACGGGUGAUGACUGCGUUGCUCUUAGUCAAGGAUCUAGGAACAUUUGGAUCGAACGUGUGAACUGUGGACCCGGACAUGGGAUCAGCAUUGGGAGUCUUGGGGAUUACGCUAACGAGGAAGGUGUGCAGAAUGUGACGGUCACGAGCUCUGUUUUCACCAAGACGCAAAACGGAGUAAGGAUAAAGACUUGGGCUAGGCCGAGUCGAGGAUUUGUGAGGAAUGUGGUAUUUCGAAACCUGAUAAUGAACAAUGUCGAAAAUCCAGUGAUCAUCGAUCAAAACUAUUGCCCUAAUGGGAGAGGAUGUCCUCGUCAGAGCUCUGGUGUGAAGAUAAGUGGAGUGACUUUUGUAAACAUAAAGGGAACAUCAACAACACCAAUAGCAAUGAAACUGGAUUGUAGUGGAAGCAAUCAUUGCACAGGACUUAGGUUACAAGACAUUAAGCUCCUUUACAUGAGAAGAUCAUCAGCUUCUUAUUGCAAGAACGCUCAUGGACGAGCCUCUGGAGUUAUGGUUCCGAGGAACUGUAUGUGA